UCACCCUGAGCAUAGCUUAAAGAAAACCCCACAAAUAUGUUGCCAUGCUUGCAUUGACCAAUUCUCAGAAAUUACUGAGGCGUUCAAGUGAUAUGCUUGCAUCACACAAUGCACAGAGCAUCGUUAUGUUACAACUGAUCGAUUUCAUUCAUUAACAGACGUCACUUCAAUGCUAUCAUAGCGGUGAUACAUUACUAAAUGAGAGAGCGAAAAUCAAAAUCGCCACAAAUGAGAAGAUGACACCGAUCAGCUGGGGUAUCGGCAGUAAACAACAGCCGCCCCAAAUCAAGUAGUUGUUUUCGUCGUUUGACUUGUUUUUGUUGCUAUUGCAUGACAUGACAGUCUGUAAAUUACUAGGCGCAUCUGAUUACUUUUACUUGUUCAAUUUCAAUUUAUAUAGUACUUGUACAUUUUCUCUAUUUUUACAAUAAGCACGUUCGAGACUUCAUUUCAAGUAAUGUACAUUUCGCCCAUUAUUUAUAUCAUUUAGUUUAUUAAGUCGAUUUGUAAUCGUAUAUGCAAAGCUAUUUUACGAAGUGUUGACAAAAAUUAAUUGCAAUUUUUGCAUAUAAAUGCAAAGUUAUAUUCCGAGUAUAAUCAAACCGUUUUCGACUCUUCCAGGGGAAGUUUCUUAGCACAUACUCAGAACCGUUCUUAACACAAAAUAAUUCAGUAAAAAUGCGUGCUUUCGUCGUUUGCUUAGUGCUGGUUCUGUUAGUGGCGAUGCUGGUCGGCACCAGCGGUAAUCCCGUCGGCGAUAAUACUGUGCUCACUUUAGAGACAGCCGAACAACCGUUAACUUUGUUUGAUGCCGAUGCGCAGCAAGGACAUGAGAACGAAAGCGAUCGCUUGGCACGGGGCUACGGUGGCUACCGUGGUGGUUAUGGUGGUUAUCGUGGCGGAUAUGGUGGUUAUCGUGGCGGAUAUGGUGGAUACCGCGGUGGAUAUGGUGGAUAUGGCGGUCGUCGUGGUGGUUAUUAUGGUUAAAUGACGAAAAAUGUAUAAAAAAAUAUAUGUCUUUAAUUUGCACUGUGAAAUUAAAAUUGUGAUUUACCGUACUACAAAAAUAAAAUUAAUAAAAUGUUGCCAACACAACAAA